AUGGCUUUGAGGCGAGCCUUGCAUUUCGUUUUCAAAGUGGGUGACAGAAGCAAAACGGCCACCUUUUACCGAGAUGUGCUAGGCAUGAAGAUUUUGCGUCAUGAAGAGUUUGAAGAGGGAUGCAAGGCCACUUGUAAUGGCCCUUAUGAUGGAAAAUGGAGCAAGACAAUGGUCGGCUUUGGUCCAGAGGAUGAUCACUUUGUGGCUGAGCUGACCUACAAUUAUGGAGUGGGAGAAUAUCGCCUUGGCAAUGACUUCCUGGGUCUGACUCUGCAGUCUAGCCAGGCUGUCAGCAAUGCUAAGCGGCUUGGUUGGCCCCUCACUGAGGUUGGAGAGGCUCUCUAUCUGGUUGAGGCCCCUGGAGGUUACCACUUCUACCUGUUGGACAAAGAUCAGCCUCACAAUGAUCCUGUACAGAAGGUAUGUCUGGCAGUGUCUGACCUGCAGAAAUCAACACACUACUGGUCCUCCCUUCUGGGGAUGAAGGUGAUGGAGAGAAAUGAGGAGAAAAAGACUGUGCUGAUGGGAUUCGUAGACACUCAGUGUAAACUAGAGCUUUACAACAUUGGUGGGACAGUAGAUCAUGGGACAGCUUUCGGGAGGAUAGCAUUCUCCUGUCCACAUAAGCAGUUGCCAGAUCUUGAAGCCCUGAUGACAAAAGAAAACUAUAAAAUCCUUACUCCUUUGGUUAGCCUGGACACCCCUGGGAAGGCUACAGUAGAAGUGGUCAUUCUGGCUGAUCCAGAUGCCCAUUAGAUCUGCUUUGUGGGAGAUGAGGCAUUCAGACAACUCUCCCAUAUGGACCCUAGUGGAAAUGCGUUGCUGGAUAAGGCUAUGGCUGAGGAUAAAAGUGAUGAGUGGUUUGCAAAGCACAACAAGCAGAAGGCUUCAGCGUAAAUGCUUAGAACAUAGCUGAGCCAUCAUGGGUCUACUGGACAUCUCCAACUACUGUACCUGGAUGUGUUUGUGAACACUUCAAUAGAGGUGUAGAGCAUAGGCUCUCUAAUUGUCUGUAUAUUUUGCCCCGCAUAUGGCAUUACCCUUCCAGCUGCACUGUCAGUAGAUUUUACUCAACCAGAAGCAUUAUUUAGAGAUGUUUGGGAGACUGAAAAUGUACCUGUAUUUCAGUCAUACUGUUGCAGAAACUUGAUGAACAUGGACAACUUUUAAAUUAAUCAUGUUUUUGUAUGCAAAUAAAACAAUUGUACCUGUUCAGCUCAAUGAAAUGAAUAAAACACAAUAAUUCUGACUUCAUCAGAACAGUGAAGUGCAAGACUGCAAGUGUAUGGUAGAAAAGUCAUUUCAAAUUGAAGUCCUUACACUGCCAAAUUGUAGGUCAAGGUUUGUGAAAUGUGCAGACACUGCAGGUUGAAAAACCAAUGAAAUGAGAGGGUAUAUGCAUAUCAUGUGAUGUUGAAGCUGUGUUGUGCUCAUUGAACUGUUUCAAAUAGGGAAAUGAAAGUGAACUAUAUCAAAAGGGGAUGGCAUGAACAUUUUCUUCAAGAUGGGAGAAUUGCCUAACCUUUGCUAACAACUCACUCCUAUCAUUUUCUAGUGAUUCCCUUUCUUUGGCAUAAAGAGAUGAAUGACACUAAAUAAGAAGUGUCUGGUCCCUUAUUAGACGAACUAUUGAGUGAUUAUGCUGCAUAAUAGAGAGGGAGACGCAUAUUAAAUCAUUUUUGAAUCAA